AUGGGGGCCAACUCCAGCAAAGUAACGGCUCAAGACAAAGCCAUACUAGACAUGAAAAUCCAACGUGAUAAGCUCCACCAAUACCAACGCCGCAUAACCAUCCUCACCGACAAAGAAACCGCCAUCGCCAAAGAGAUGCUCUCCCGCGGCGACAAGAACCGCGCGCUCCUCGCCCUCCGCCGGAAAAAAUACCAAGAGGGCCUGCUGGCCAAGACGGACGCCCAGCUCGAGCAGCUCGAGAAGUUGACGUCGAGCGUCGAGUUCGCGCUCAUACAGAAGGACGUCGUGUUUGGGUUGGAGCAGGGGACGAAGGUGUUGACGGAGAUUCAUGCGGAGAUGGGGGGGAUUGAACAUGUGGAGAAGUUGAUGGGGGAGACGGCGGAUGCUAUUGCGUAUCAGCAGGAGGUGAGUGACAUGCUUGGUGGUAAGAUUACGGCCCAGGAUGAGGAGGAGGUGGAAGAUGAGUUGGCGGCGCUGGAGGCCGAGGUCGCAGGGAAAACGGCGGUGUUGCCCAACGUGCCGGAUUCGAGACUUCCUGUCCACGAGAGACCCGAGGGUGUCUCGGAGGCGGAACCGGCGAAACAGCCCGAGCGGACAGCGAUGCUGGCAUCUUGA